AUGCCUAACGAGCCACACCCUCCUUAUCCUGGGCCUACAGCCCCACUCCUGGAGGAAAGUGGAGCCCCACCUACUCCAGGCGGUACCACCCCAGUGGUGAUGCAGCCGCCACCAGGCAUGCUACUACCCUCUGCUGACAUUGCUCGCCCACCUUAUGAGCCACUGGGUCAUCCAAUGCCUCAGCCUGGCUUUGCACCCCCUCACAUGAAUGCAAACAGAGCCUACAUGCCUGCAUGUUUCUACCCUCCUCCAGGCCCUCACCCACCUAUGGGCUAUUAUCCACCAGGACCCUACCCACCAGGGCUCUAUCCUGGCCUUGGGGGCCACACGGCCACAGUCUUGGUCCCAUCAGGGGCAGCCACCACGGUGACAGUGCUACAGGGAGAGACCUUUGAAGGUGGCCCCGUGCAAACAGUGUACCCCCACUGCCAGCAGGCAAUCACCACCAAGAUCUCCUAUGAGAUUGGCCUGGCGAACUUUGUACUGGGUCUCUUCUGCUGCUUCAUGCGGUGUGAUCUGGGCUGCUGCUGGAUCCCCUGCCUCAUCAGUGACUUCAAGGAUGAGACGCACAAGUGUCCCAGCUGCAAAGCCUACAUCUACACAUACAAGCGCUUGUGUUAA